AUGUUGGAGUUCAUGGAUGAGGUCUCUGACUCCCUGUCUCCCCCGCACCCCAACCCACCACCCCCGCCUCCAGCCCUGCCCCUGCCUGCUCUGCCAGCCCAGAGGGCCCCCUCCUCUCUCCGUCUCCCCCAGUUCUAUCCCAAGGAGCCCGUCCACGCAGAAAUCUGCUUCUUGAAUUGGUUCAAGGCCCAGCCAGCCUUCCUGGCCCAGCGCCUGGCCCCUGAGGAGAAAUACCAGGUCACGUGGUUCAUGUCCUGGAGCCCCUGCUUCCAGGGCCACACGUCCGUGCAGCUGAGCAUCCUGGCCGCCCGCCUCUACUACCCCAGGCGCCCCCAGUACCAGCAGGGGCUGCGCAGCCUGCAGGGCGCAGGGGCCCAUGUGGCAGUAAUGACUCCAGCUGACUUUGUCUUCUGCUGGGACGUGUUUGUGCGUGGCCCCGAAAAGCGAUUCCGGCACUGGAAAGGAAUAUACAUAAACAGUUACAGCCUAGCUAAGAGUUUGGAGGACAUUCUCAGGAAUCCGGAAAACUGAAGCAUGGACUUCUGUCUGUGUAAGCAGUAGGGGGUCUUCUGCUGAACGACGAAUAAAACACUUUCUUCAAGAAGUGAAAACGCACCUGGAGCCGCUUCUCUACCUGAACC